UAUAUUUAUAUUUAUAAUACAUUAAACAACGGUAGGAGCUGUUUUAGCAUCAUUUAGCAUCUCACAGGUCCAACUACUAACAUUAAUUCUCCUUUACAUGUUUAACUGAGGUCUACCUACAAGUUCAAUAUAUCAGGCUUAAGAUCUAGAAAUUAACUGAAAUAUUAGCGUUAGAAACUUACAAUAGUAUGCAAAAAUUACCUUAUUCAUUUUAAAGUUGAAGGUAAUAUAUAGCAAUAUUAAUUACAGUAUAAUCUGACUACAUAUUAAGAUUAAGAUGAGAUAAUAUAUAUAAUAUUAAUUAAACUAACAGACUUCAAUAUUAAAAUUAAGCAAAGUCUUUUAUCUGUAGCUUCUACACUAUUAUUUUUCACACUGAUAUAUACAUAGAAUUUAAAUAUGGUUGAGAAUAUAGAACGUUCUUUAUCAUAUACAUUUAUCUUAAUGAUUUUAAGAUAUUUAUUAUGCAAAUAUAAUAUUACUUAUACACAAGUUAACCUGACUCUCUCCACAAUAGAAUUUAUUGUACAGAUGAGCUUUAAACAUCAAGGUUAGGAACCUACAAUGUUAUUUAUUAUAGAAAUUAGUUUAAAUAAUAAUAAUUAUCUGACUGAUAUAAAAAUGAAACUUAAGACUGUACAAAUUUAUAGACAGAAAACCAAUAAACUGUCAACAUCUCAACAAUCAAAACAUCUUAAUUUAAAGAAUAAAUUAUUACUGAAAUACAUGUAUGGAAAAAUACUAAACUGUCAACUGUUAGAUUUUAAAAUGUGCCGUCAAAGAAAUCAUCCCACAUUUUAGAAUUAUGUCAGCAAUGAAUGUAAAGCAAUCCCUCACAGAUGAAACUAAAGGUUGCUUCAUGUUUUUGACACUUAAUGUGAAAUUGAAAUUCUGUGGUUUUGCAUUUGUGUAUCUUUUACUGUGUUUGUUUCUAUUGUUUGUGCUUCUUUGUUGUUUAUUUUUUUCAUUAAUUUCCUCUUUUUUUGGUUUGAUUGCUUUUUCAUAGACUUCAAUAUAAUCGGACUUGUUUUUGCAGCCAGAGGAGUCGCCCCCUGCUGGCUGGUAGAAGAAAUGCAGGUUUAAUGUUCAGUACCAUCUUUGAUACAGAUUAGGGCUGCAACUAAAGUCCUGUUUUUUUAAUUGUUAAUCAAUUAGUUGUUUGGUCUCUAAAAUGCCAGAAAAUGGUGAAAAAUAACUCAACACCCUAACAGGUCUUAUUUUUGUCCACUGCUGACAGUUUGUUUUUCAAAGGGGAAAGAAACCAGAAAUAAUCAAAUUCAAGAAACUAGAAAUGAGGAAUUUUGACUUUUUUUCUUUUAAAAAAAUCCUCUAACUCAAACUAAACUUCAUUAUUUAUUGAAAUAGUUGGGAAUGAAUUAGUCAGCAGAUGAUAAAGUUCAUCCUAACCCCGACCCGUCAGCUGCAGAAACCAUGAACUGGUAUUAAAAUUCACUAACAUGCAUCUUUUUUGUCUAUUUUCCAGUAUUAUUUCACCUGUUUCCAUUUUUAAGAUAACUGCUAAGCUAACUGCUGUAGUUUCACACUGAAUGCACAUUAAUUAGCUCAUAAAUCAUCUAAAUCUUGGGACGUGAGGGAAUAAAGUUGCUGCUCCUUUACAUUAUUAUUAUUAUUAUUAUUAUUGUUAGUAUUUUACAGCCUUCCUGCAUUAAUCGAUUACAUAAGCUAAUAUUAAUCUUUUUACGUGUCGUUAUGUAACUCGGCUCUCAUGAUCCCCUUAAGCAGAAUUAAUGAAUUCUGGGGAUUCUUUGACAAAGGGCUCGAAGGCAAAGAAAUAAACUGGCUAACUGCUGGAGUUUCUGAACCAUGUGACUCAGCAGUGAUGCUCCCUAAAAACAGCUCGACGGUGACGGUGUUGAGGGUUAAAACUGGUCGUUAACCAAACCUGAGUCACGGUUGGCUACGUUCUCCCACUCCCACUCCCACUCAGCUGCCUUUAAUCCUCCAAACAGCCUCUGGAGGACUUUGGCUUCUUUCUGGACACAGACGACUUGAGACUCUCCAGCAGGCAGCAUAUUAUUUUAUUCUAGAGAAGCCUCCUCCAUCAUGUCUCUGCUCACCCACCUGCUGUCCUGCCUCUUCGGUUUGGGCUCCUGGGUCUCCAUCAACGGUCUGUGGGUGGAGCUUCCCCUCAUCGUCCCUCAGAUCCCCGAAGGCUGGUUCCUGCCCUCCUACCUGUCGGUUCUGAUCCAGAUGGCCAACGUCGGGCCGCUCUUCGUCACCCUGAUGCAUCGCUUUAAGCCCGGCGUCCUGAACGAGGCGGCCGUCGUCUACGUCAUCAUCGCCCUGGGCACCGUGGCCAGUUUCCUGCUGGGCUUCCUGUGGAAGGAGACGCUGGUGGUGGCCGGAGCUCCUCGCAGCGUCGCCCUGCUGGUCCUGACCUUCUUCCUGGCCACCGUCGACUGCACCUCCUCCGUCACCUUCCUGCCCUUCAUGAUGCGCCUCCAGCCUCAGUACCUCACCUCCUACUUCAUCGGUGAGGGCGUCAGCGGCCUGCUGCCCGCCAUGGUGGCUCUGAUCCAGGGCGUCGGCGUGGUCCGCUGCGUCAACGCCACCCAGUCCACCAACCAGACCUCCAACGCCACCUCCGAGCUCCAGGCCCAGUACCAGCCGGCCAACUUCUCGGCUGAAGAGUUCUUCUUCUUCCUCAGCGCCAUGAUGCUGGUGUGUCUGGCGGCCUUCAUCCUGCUCAACUACCACCCGUCGGUCGCCAGGGAGAACCCCAACAGCCGCUACACCAACGGGGUGAAGCAGAAGGCCCAGAGGGGCAGGAAGUGGGCCGAGCAGAAGCCCAUGAUGGAGCCGUACGGCCAGAAGAAGCCCAAAAGCAGCUUCGGCAGCGGUUCUUACAGCUGGCUGCAGGUGUCGUACAUCUUCGUGGUUCUGGGUUGGGCCAACGCUCUGACCAACGUGGUGCUGCCGUCCGUCCAGUCCUACUCCUGCCUACCGUAUGGGAACAACGCCUACCAUCUGUCAGCCUCUCUGGCCGCCGUGGCCAACCCUCUGGCCUGCUUCAUCGCCAUGUUCCUCCCCAUCAGGUCUCUGGUGCUGAUGGGAGUUCUGACUGUUUGUGGUUCUGCUGUUGGGGCUUUUAUAAUGAGCAUGGCGGUGCUGAGUCCGUGUCCUCUGCUGGUCCACGACUCUGCAGGAGCCGUGAUCAUCGUGUUGUCCUGGGUCCUGUUCGUUCUCACGCUGUCCUACGUGAAGGUGAUGAUCGGUCUGAUCCUCAGGGAUGAAGGCCACAGCGCCCUCGUCUGCUGUGGAGCUGUAGUGCAGCUCGGCUCGCUGCUGGGCGCCGCCACCAUGUUUCCUCUGGUCAGCGUCUUCGGGUUCUUCUCCUCGGGGGAUCCCUGCAACACCCGGUGUCCCUGAACGCACCACGGACUGAAACGUCAAGAUUCAAGAUUCAGGAACUUUAUUGUCAUACACACAGCAGAAACACAGUGGUUACCCUGAGUGAUGAAACAGUUACCCGGACAAUCUGAAAUCAUGGGAGCUUCAGGAGACAUCAGCUGAACUUCUCCUGUCCAGUUAAUGUCUCCUGAAGCAUAUAUGUAGAGGUCAUGCUAAUUGUAGGAGGUUCAUCUCAGAGAUGUCCAGUUGAUGUCUCCUGAAGCUCCUACGAUAACCAUGACCUUAACAUAUGUUCAUCUGAAACAGGAAGUAGUCAGUCUGAUGCCUGUUUUUUGCUUUUAUUUGCUGUGAUUUAUAAUUUUCAUGUGAGUCCGACUGUCUGCUGAGAAACGUGUGCUCAGAUAUGCAGCUGUAAAUACUUAAAUAUUCUGAAAAUAUGCAUUUAUCCCCCACAAACUAUAAAACUCAAGAUAUGUAUUAUUAAAAUUAUUAUUUGAGCUCUACCACACACAAAACGACAACUUAACCCAACAGUUUGCAUCAGUUUCUUUGAGUAACAACAAUUUCUAAUGAAAUUAUCUACAACCAGUUUAGGGGAUUGUUUUUGUACGUAAUAAUCUGAGGCAUAAACACACGCUUUUGAGUGUUUUAACUAAUAUUUCCACGUUAUUUUAAAUGAUUCUUUAAGUGUUAUGCACUUAAUUACGGUAAUUAAGUUUUCAAGUUGACAAAUUUAAACACAUAACUUGAAUUUAAUUUGAAUUUCUGACCUCAAGGUGAAGAAAAAUUAAAUUAUUGAGCCACUUUUAUGGAGUUACCUCAAGUUGAAUUUAGUUUUUAAUUAAUACAGGGAUUUGAGUUUAAAUUGAUGCAAUUAUCGAUUUUAUUUUACCACAUCUAUUUAAAAUAACGUUUGCAACAUAAAUAGUUUAUCAAAAUCUGUAAAUUUGCUGUAAUGUGCAGUAAAAACAGAAAAAGCAUCAGACUUUUGUAAAUGUGUGUUUUUACUGUCAAAAAUAUGAAUUAUGAGCUCAAGCAACUGUGAUUAGAUCUUUAUAUAUUAUACUAUAUUUUCAAUUAA